AUGCGAUUCACUUUGGCUCACGCGGUCCUGUUGGGCCUGGUGGCGGCAAUCCCCCUCAGUACUGCUCAUCCUCACGGGGUGAAUCUCGACCGACGAGGCGUCACUGACGGUCUCAUUACCGCAGAGACCACCGAUGACUCGACGCUCGGCAGAGUCGCGGCCGGCGAAGCUGAGCGCCGCUGGCUCCUUGAGGCCAUCGACCCUCGUGGCAUCCCCAGGCUUGGAGACAAGCCGCCCAAGGACAAGGACUUGCCUGGAGCUCCAGGAGGUAAGCCGGGUGGCGGCGACGGCAAGCCCGGCGACGGUGUUGGGACCCCCGUUGGGUCCGGAACCGCGCCGAAGUUCGCGGAUGCCAACCUGGAGGCGGCGAGAAACAAGGGCUACACCCUGAGCAAGAGUCUCGACGAUGCCAUUUUCAAAAACGCCCCGGAGCCUGAGAAAAAGGACCUGACGAGCUUGGGAUAUCAGAAAUCGGGGGGUUCGGCUGCACCCAUCAUUCAAUACCCGAGUGACAAGGGCAAGCCUACCUAUCUCACCAAAUACAACAUCAACGAGCUGGAGAAGGAAUCAUGGAAGAAGCGCAGAACAUUCCGCAGCGAUGGCGGCUCCAGCAAAGACGAGCCUAUUCUGGAAACCUACGCCAAUCCCACAGACGGGGCCAUGAUCAUCAAGCAGAGCUGGAACAAGGACCGCGACCCAGCACCCAAGGCGACGUGGACGGACAUGGUGAACGACCAGUGGAUGACCGUGGCCAAGAACAACCCGAAGAACCUGAAGUACGUCAUCCGCGACAACAUCCAAGACAUCGACACCACGGAUAGCAGCGGGAUAAUUCUCAACACGAAGAAAGCCAUUGACGAGGUCUUUGAGUCGAACCCGAGAGCCAAGAACAAGAAGGACCAGACGCUCACGCUUGACCGCGAAUCUGCCGACGCAAAGGACAGAGCUGACUACGAGCUCCUCGCGGCGCAGACGCACGUAGCCCGCGUCAUCCAGUGGAUGAAGGACCGCCACGCUUCGCUGGGAGACAAGAAGAUCAAGACUCUCCACGUCAACAGCAUAGAGGGUCCUGGCGACCAGUACAGCAUCAUCAUCGAGCUCGCCUAG